CGCCCAUCUCCUUUCAUACCCAUAAUGCAUCACUAGAGAUGUACAUAGUGCAACAACCAAGAUGGCUAUCUCACGUAUGUCGCCAAUAGCUUUUUGUUUUCUGUUCGUUUUAUUUGUUUCGACAGACGCUUCUCCGCGACAGCUGGACAAGGAGAGUAUCCUGAUAAACGUGACAGCAGUUGGUGACACACAUGAGGAGACUCACAAUCUUCAGAUAAAUUUCAACAUCUCUGUGGUUGGCGAGCAAAUAUUUGUUAAUGACAUCCUUGUGAAGUUAUCAGGCGUUACGAGGUUAACCUGCCAAGCCUUGCUUUUGGGCAGCAAUGGGGGCAGUGGGUCUGGACAUAGCGUCUAUGUCACCACUGUGGUCCGAGUACUGGUGCGCCAGUGGCCUCUCGAGAGUUAUCCUGUGGUGGAGUUGCUGGUCUUUAAUGAGGAAGUCAUCGAGGUAGAGGGGAAGAAGGUCCAGCAGCCAGACAUGUACGAAGUCAACAUACUGAUGAAUGAAAAUCUGCAGAAACUACGACAGUCCACAUAUUCCUACCCCAUAUCAGAGAGCAUGCUCUUCAGUAUUCCCAGAGAGAAUGAUGUGGUUGUUACAGAUCCCAACCUCUCAACAAAAGUUGAGGAUCAGGACAUCUUCCACACAACCAGUCACUACCCUCUCAAACAAGCCGAGACUACACAGGAGGAGACUGCCGCCCCUGGGAAGCUCCCAGAGACCCCCCUGCGCAUGGACCCCGUCGCCAUGGACCCCGUCCCCAUGUACGAGGAGGACACCACCGCAGAAGAGGACGGACUUCCAGACAAACUGCUGCCGGAGACCCCGCUCAGAUCAGAUCCCAUGUCCUCCUACAGAGCUAUGUGCCAGUGGGUUGAGAAGCUGAGGGACCGUCUGCGGCGAUUUUGGACCGAAUCCCUGCCUCUCUUCUUCCUCAUCAUGUGGGUAGUGGUUGUUGGUGUCGCUGGGUCGGCAGUCAUCGUCAAGAUCCUGGACGUGUUCUUCCCAUCCUGUGAACACAAGGGAAUCCUUACUCUAAAUCCAGUGACCCUAAUGCCAGAAGAGGAGAAACACUGUCUGCUGGAGAACAUCGAGACAGAGCCCGAAGAGAAAAAGCCUUGAGUGAAGAUCUUGGGAUGGAGCUGAUUGUCAUUACUUUGGGGCCAGAGGCAUUUGUGUGGUCAGGGAAACUCUUCUUCUAUGUGUAGCAUUUUCAUCAUAACUAUAUAGUGGUGAUGCCUUCUAUCGAAAAGAUAAUCCACCCCAGAACAUGCAAGAAACAGGACGGUCUACGUUUUCAAUUGGACAGCAUUAAGCAUCUUUAUAAAGGUCCCUGACUAUUUUUGUGCAUUAAAUUGUUCUGUGACUUCACUACGCCUCCGUGACUGCCGUUUUGUAUAGUGAAGGCUGAUCCUAAAUUUGAUUUACAUUAAGUUCUGAAGUCUUCUUUUGCUUGGUUGAUUUAUUGAGUGAAGUGAUUUUAUUCAUGGCAUUAUUUUAAAAGGUUAAUGGUUUUCUUUACAUUCAGUCUUUCAUGAGUUGAGUAUUUUUUUCUGAUUUUACCUUUAAUGUGUGCAAGUCUGACAAAAAAAAAAAACAAGGAUUGCAGACCGCAUGCCUUGGUAAAAGGCUGUAACUUUAACAAUGCAAUUGUGCAAUGAAUGCAGGUUGUCAUCGAGCCAAGCUGAAUGUUGCAUUUUAAUUUCUGGAAAUGACAUCUGUUACUUGUCUAGUACUUAAUAAAAUAGCCCUGAAAGGUCCAACCCUUGCACUCAACAUUAAGUAACAGUUCACUAAGCCAGGCUGGAGUAGCACUGAAAAAUGAGGUGCAAGACACCAACUCGGUCUGAACAUUGCUCCCUUCUGAGAUUUGUAUUUAGCCAUUUCCCUCCCCCCUUUAAAGCCAAAUGUAAUUAGGCACAAGAGCUGCUUUGGAAUGUGAUUUGUGACACUUGAAGCUGAUUGUUCUAGUGGACGUUGAGAUGGGUUGCCAUUUGCACUGUAGCAGCAUCAGCCAUGCUGUUGAAUAAGCCUGUGUGUUACAGGUAAAUGAGUGAGGUUGGGCUUUCAGGAACGGUAGAAACAUUCAGUCCUUAAUGGUGCCUCUGUGGUGCCACCUUGGCUUUCCAGUCUCAUGGCUUUGUUGUUUGAAGCAUGGAAGCAUGACCUUGUGCUACCCCCCAAAAAAAGAAAACUCAUUUCAUGCUGAAACCCUAUUCAACAAAUAAAACAUUUUUUUCUGAAAAUGUC